UUUUUUAAGUUUAUUCAUUUAAGUAAUCUCUACACCCAACAUGGGGCUCGAACUCCUAACCCUGAGUUCAAGUCGCACGCUCCUCUCACUGAGCCAGCUAUGUGCCCCAGAAAUUAUAUUUAAAAUAACUUUUUUAAAUGUUUAUUUCUUUUCGAGAGAGAUAGUAUGAGCAGGGGAGGGGCAGAGAGAGGGGAACAGAGGAUCCAAAGUGUGCUCCGUGCUGACAGCAGGGAGCCCUAUGUGGGGCUUGAACUCAUGAACUGUGAGACCUGAGCUGAAGUCCCAACACUUAACUGACCAAGCCACACAGGUACUAACCUGCAGCCCCCCCCCCCCCCCCCCCCCCCCCGCCGAGAUUGUAUUUUUUUAAAAAAAAACUUCCCAGGUGAUUCUGAUCACUCAGGUUUGAGGACCAUAAAACCUGAACGUUUUGAGUUAAGCUACAUAUCUAUGUGAUUUCUCAGAUGGGUGGUUAUUAGAAUGAGAAGUAGAGAAGAAUAGUUUGUGGUAGUGGACUUGGUGAGAAGGUGGCUAAUUUGAAGUUUUCUACCUCUGUAUCUAUCCUGUAUUGUUUUGUAAUUACAGAUGUCACCGCCUGAUUUGGGGGUUAUGCCAGCACUCAGCAUGGUAUGGAGGACUUGCCUGUUGUGAGGGAAGGGAAACUUUUAGGCCAUAUCUCCAUUUUCCCCUCUCCAUUUUGAAAUUGUGGAACAAAUUCAGGAGAGGAUGUUCUUGUUGAAACUCAGCUGGACAAUUUGUUUAAAUCUCCACAGGAAGGGCCAUUGUUACUUCCUGUCUGAAAAGGAAGUGCUGGCUUCCUUCCCUUCCUCCUUGGCUAACUCAGGCCAACUUCAAAUAUGGGUGGGGGAGGGGCUGAUCACGUUAAUAGUCUUGACCGGCUACCCAUGCCUCGGGAAAUCAUUGUUCAGCUGUGGAAACCUAAUGUUCAUUCCCUUCUUUCCGAAUUUGAAAUGUGGAGACGGGUGCAGUGUGGGCUCUUGUCUCCUUGCCCUUGUGUGAGAGCCCUGAGCUGGGUUUGGCAGUCCAGGAAGCCUCCCAAUCUCCCAGGCAUUACUUUACAUUCAACCUUCUACCUCCCCUGUAUUCCCUGACAUUUGAAAAUAGAUCAAGGAGUUGUAGGGAAGAAACUGAAAUCCAUUUGACACUGAGGAGUAGGUUGCAGAAAGGAGAACAUAAUUGGGCAGAAGGGAGUGGGUGACAAAGGUUUCUUAUUUUUAAAUUGAGCCAAGAAAACAUUCCUUCUAAGUGGGGCCAGUUGGCACUCUUCCUGCUAUUUUAGUCCAGGCUUCUCCUUCCUACUGGCUAGUCAAUUGUAUUAAGUGUUUGAUGUGAGUUUGAACUGUGGUCUCUGGGGUUGGGGGGAGGGAGAGUGGUGGAAACAGCUGGUGCCUUCAUCAAGCUAUCUCAAUUACGCUUCUUUUCAGAGUGUUUGGGGGUGGGAGGGGUGGAGGAAUUGGAUGUAUGUUAGCAGAGCCCCAGCAACUCCCAUGUAGUGGGAUUGGAUUGUCAGGCACUCUUAAUACCAUGUGGGAUGUUGGCUAGUUGGAAUGUAACUAAACCUUUCUCAGUCACAUUCUUUUCUCUGCCUCCCCUCCCUCUAAUUCUUUCAGCUUUGGGCCUGAUUUGGAAAGGGGUAUGUGGGAAGUUAGAUAGCAAAACAGAUUCAUGCUUUUCCAACCAUUGAGUAUUCAGCUAAGUCUUGGGCCCCUCCAUUGACUUUCUUCUUACCCAUUCAUUAUUCCUUUGGUUGGGUUUUUGAAAUAUGUCUGCAAACAGCCAGAGAUACAAUUAGAACCAGGACCUUUGGUGAAGUCAUGAUGAAUUGUAAUCGGUUGGCUAUAUUGGUCUCCUUCCCUCCCUCACACCCUGGGGUGACUGUAUUUCUGAGUCAGCACGGCUUUUCUGUCUCACCUGCUCAAUUUGAGGCAGACAACCUGCCAAGCAUCCUUUUGGAGCAUUAGCAGGAGUACUGAUAAUGGGUGUAUCCAGUUCUCUGUCUGGGAUGAGUCUUUGACAACCCUGUUUUGUUUUUUUGUUUUUUUUUUGUUUUUUUUAUAGGUAUCCCAGAAAACUCCCCCACUAGAUUAUUUUUUAUCUCUUUUUUGUAUAGCUACCUCACACGAUAUUGCUUAACUGAGUGAUGUAUUUGGCCUGGGCUGUGAUGAGGGAGAAUGGGACAAGAAUACAUUAACAGUUGUUACUACUUUCUCAGUUAUUCUUGAGAGAAAAGGGGAGUUCGUCUGAUUCAGUGCUAGGUGAGAGAUCUUAAACUUUUUUUGUGUAUGCUUCAGUGAUAGAAUAGAGUUUGCAGUGGCUAGGCUCUACUGUUGAAGUUCUGUUCUAAAACACAGUGUUAAGUGCCCACUUUGCUACCCAGCUCUAGAAUGGCUGACUCUUGUGUAUAUUCCUCCCCACCUGGUUAUGUCAGAUUCAGAUACUGGCUAAUUCCUUCUAAGUUGUGUUGUUUCAGACUUAGGCUCCUUUUGUAUCACAUACUAAUUGAAAUCAGGGUUCAGCCCAGAGUACUUCUAGCAGAUCCAAGAAGAAGGAUAAAGGAGUUUGUAGGAGAAAGCAAAGGAGGAGAAAAGCUGAGAAAUGAUAACAUAUUACUAGUUCAUUGACUGGAAUGUCACCUGGUUGAAGGACUCUGGGCUGAGCCUGUGCUUUGCUUUAUUCAAAGGGAAUUGAGCCCUGUGGGCAAAGGGUGUUACUUCUUUGGAUUUCAAGACUCUCUGGCUAAUAGAUUAGCUUGACUUCUAUCUGCAUCUUUGCUUCUGGGGUUUUGGGCUAACCUCCAUGGGGUUUGUACAAGAUAAUAGAAGAAUGUAUCAUUUAUCCCAUUCUUGGAAUUAGCUGAGGACCCUUAUUAGAAAGGGAGGCUUUUUUUUUUUUUUUUUUUCUUUUUCUGAAGAGGUUCCAAAUCUACAGGCCCUGACCCACUCCGGGGGAGCAGUGAACAGGAAAAGGUUGCGAUCUUGACCACUUUGCCACCAGAACUACUGUGCAAUACUUGGCUACAUCUCAUUCCCUGGGGAAGCGGAGAACUUUGCUCCCAGCACCUGCUGGUGCUUAUCCUGCCCCUUUGUAGGGUGGAGUCUGCUGCCUUUGUUUGUUCUCUUUGGGGCCUCUAGGAAUCAACUUUAUGCUUGUGGGGAAAAGGGCUUGAAAGACUUUGAAAACUGGAAAUGGGUGAUAGAGAAGGUGACAGAAGAUGUGUUUUAAUGUAGUUCUCCAGGUGGGAAUGUUCUAUUGACUGAAUCCAGAGCAGCAAUCCGAUUGCCAUAGUGAAGUUCUCUUUGGGAUGUAUCACAUGUAGCUGAACUGAAUAUAACAGCAGCAGUAGCUCUAACAUCCCCAAUGCAGUGCCUCCAAAGUGAAGAAGCCUUGCCAAGUAGGAAUCUUAAGAAUCCCCUCACCCCUUUCAAACCCUUAGAUCCAUGCACAGUAUCUUUCUGCGGAUUCUCAAAGGCCUGAGCUUUGUCCUAUGUAGUGUUGGCUUGAGGCAGGGAGGAGGGUUGUUUUCCCGAACAUGAUAAGGAACUGAGCAGGGCAAAGUGGGAGCUCUGACUGGUGAUUGGUAGACAGGAUGCCCUGGAAUGCGGUUGGCCUGCAGCCCAGAAUCCAGCACUUUGUAUUUGUUUGUUUCUGGGAGACUGUGGUCUGGUGCUACUGUGACAGGAAGUGAGAAAGCUGGGAGUGGGGAGCGGAGAGGGGCGAUGCCUUUGUGGUUCUCCUGUGAAAUCUCUUUGUCCCUGGAGAGCAGCUCUGCUCCAGGGCUCUACUGAGAAGAGAGCAGCCUUUGUGUGUCUAAUGGGUCUCAGGGCAUCUAAACUACUCUGAGGGAUGAGGGAGUGUGAAUUCGGACCGUGGCCUUCUCAGCACUCGAAUUCUGUAAAUGGCCUCCACGUCCUAGCAUUGGGGAAUCUCACUGAGUUUUAUGUGUGUUACUGUUAUUUAUAGAUUUCUAAGAUUUAAUUAAGAAAGGAAUUCUAGAAAGAGAUGUUUGUUUAUAUGAUGUUUAUUCACUCUGUAUGUUGCAGGUACUUUGGUCUGAAAGGGACAGAGAGAAGUGGGUGUUGCUGGGGCCCAACACUUUAGGUUUCAUCUCUCCAGUUGGCACCCUACUACAUACAGAGCCAGAGAAACCCACCCAUUCUUUGAUUUCACUAUUGAGAGCUGUCUCCUUCCUGCUUCCUCCUUGCUGUGGUGGCUGGGAUGCUUCUCCCAUGAUUUUUUGAAUCUAGACUGGGCUGUUCUCUGUUUUAAGCCAAUCAGUUACGACCUUCUCUUAACAGUGUGAAGUGAGGGGGGCCUUCUCCCUCCUUGCUCCUCCCUCUGUGAUCCACACCUUCCUUUUUACCCUGUUCUGCGGCGGCUCCGCCCUUUACCUUCAUGGACGACUCAGAGGUGGAGUCGACCGCCAGCAUCUUGGCCUCUGUGAAGGAGCAAGAGGCCCAGUUUGAGAAGCUGACCCGGGCGCUGGAGGAGGAGCGGCGCCACGUCUCGGCGCAACUGGAACGCGUCCGGGUCUCACCACAAGAUGCCAACCCACUCAUGGCCAACGGCACCCUCACCCGCCGGCAUCAGAACGGCCGGUUUGUGGGCGAUGCUGACCUUGAGCGACAGAAAUUUUCAGAUCUGAAACUCAACGGACCCCAGGAUCACAGUCACCUUGUGUAUAGUACCAUUCCCAGGAUGCAGGAGCCAGGGCAGAUUGUGGAGACCUACACGGAGGAGGACCCGGAGGGAGCCAUGUCUGUUGUCUCCGUGGAGACCUCUGAUGAUGGAACUACUCGGCGCACAGAGACCACAGUCAAGAAAGUGGUGAAGACUGUGACAACACGGACAGUACAGCCAGUCCCUAUGGGACCAGAUGGGCUGCCUGUGGAUGCCUCGUCAGUUUCUAACAACUAUAUCCAGACUCUGGGUCGUGACUUUCGCAAGAAUGGCAAUGGGGGACCUGGUCCCUAUGUGGGGCAAGCAGGCACUGCUACUCUUCCCAGGAACUUCCACUACCCUCCUGAUGGAUAUAGCCGCCACUAUGAAGAUGGUUAUCCAAGUAGCAGUGACAACUAUGGUAGUCUGUCCCGGGUGACCCGCAUUGAGGAGCGGUAUCGGCCCAGCAUGGAAGGUUAUCGGGCACCUAGUAGACAGGAUGUCUAUGGGCCCCAGCCCCAGGUUCGGGUAGGUGGGAGCAGUGUGGAUCUGCAUCGUUUUCAUCCAGAGCCUUAUGGGCUAGAGGACGACCAACGUAGCAUGGGCUAUGAUGAUCUGGAUUACGGCAUGAUGUCUGAUUAUGGCACUGCCCGUCGGACAGGGACGCCCUCUGACCCUCGCCGACGACUCAGGAGCUAUGAAGACAUGAUUGGUGAGGAGGUGCCAUCGGACCAGUACUAUUGGGCUCCUCUGGCCCAGCAUGAACGGGGAAGUUUAGCAAGCUUGGAUAGCCUGCGCAAGGGAGGGCCACCACCUCCCAACUGGAGACAGCCAGAGCUGCCAGAGGUGAUAGCCAUGUUAGGGUUCCGCCUGGAUGCUGUCAAGUCUAAUGCAGCUGCAUACCUGCAACACUUGUGCUAUCGCAAUGACAAGGUGAAGACCGACGUUCGGAAGCUCAAGGGAAUCCCAGUACUGGUGGGGCUGUUAGACCACCCCAAAAAGGAAGUGCAUCUUGGAGCCUGUGGAGCUCUCAAGAAUAUCUCUUUUGGGCGUGACCAGGAUAACAAGAUCGCCAUAAAAAACUGUGAUGGUGUUCCUGCCCUUGUGCGAUUGCUCCGAAAGGCUCGUGAUAUGGACCUCACCGAAGUCAUUACUGGCACCCUGUGGAAUCUCUCAUCCCAUGACUCAAUCAAAAUGGAGAUUGUGGACCAUGCACUGCAUGCUUUGACAGAUGAGGUGAUCAUCCCACACUCUGGUUGGGAGCGGGAACCAAAUGAAGAUUGCAAACCGCGCCAUAUCGAGUGGGAGUCGGUGCUUACCAACACAGCUGGCUGUCUUAGGAAUGUCAGCUCAGAGAGGAGUGAGGCUCGCCGGAAACUUCGGGAAUGUGAUGGUUUAGUGGAUGCCCUCAUUUUCAUUGUGCAGGCUGAGAUUGGGCAGAAGGAUUCAGACAGCAAGCUUGUGGAGAACUGCGUUUGCCUUCUUCGGAAUUUGUCAUACCAAGUUCACCGGGAGAUCCCACAGGCAGAGCGUUACCAAGAGGCACCUCCCAACGUUGCCAACAAUACUGGGCCACAUGCUGCCAGUUGCUUUGGGGCCAAGAAGGGCAAAGAUGAGUGGUUCUCCAGAGGGAAAAAACCCACAGAGGAUCCAGCGAACGAUACAGUGGAUUUCCCUAAAAGAACUAGUCCUGCCCGGGGCUAUGAGCUUUUAUUUCAGCCAGAGGUGGUUCGGAUAUACAUCUCACUCCUCAAGGAGAGCAAGACUCCUGCCAUCCUAGAAGCCUCAGCUGGAGCUAUCCAGAACUUGUGUGCUGGGCGCUGGACAUAUGGUCGAUACAUCCGCUCUGCUCUGCGUCAAGAGAAGGCUCUUUCUGCCAUUGCUGACCUCCUGACCAGUGAACACGAGCGUGUAGUGAAAGCUGCGUCCGGAGCACUGAGAAAUCUGGCGGUAGAUGCUCGCAACAAAGAACUGAUUGGUAAACAUGCUAUUCCGAACUUGGUAAAGAACCUGCCAGGAGGGCAGCAGAGCUCUUCCCAGAAUUUCUCUGAGGACACUGUGGUCUCUCUUUUGAACACCAUCAAUGAGGUUAUUGCUGAGAACUUGGAGGCUGCCAAAAAGCUUCGAGAGACACAGGGUAUUGAGAAGCUGGUGUUGAUCAACAAAUCAGGGAACCGUUCAGAAAAAGAAGUCCGAGCAGCAGCACUUGUAUUACAGACAAUCUGGGGAUAUAAGGAGCUGCGGAAGCCACUGGAAAAAGAAGGAUGGAAGAAAUCAGACUUUCAGGUAAAUCUAAACAAUGCUUCUCGAAGCCAGAGCAGUCAUUCAUAUGAUGACAGCACUCUCCCUCUCAUUGACCGGAACCCAAAAUCAGAUAAGAAACCUGAUCGGGAAGAAAUUCAGAUGAGCAGUAUGGGAUCAAACACAAAAUCAUUAGAUAACAACUAUUCCACACUGAAUGAGAGAGGGGACCACAACAGAACACUGGAUCGAUCCGGGGAUCUAGGUGAAAUGGAGCCAUUGAAGGGAACACCCCUGAUGCAGGACGAGGGGCAGGAAUCUCUGGAGGAAGAGUUGGAUGAUGAGGGGGACCAAGUGUCUAACCCCUCCAUGCAGAAGAUUUAGCACCACUGUCUGCACUACAUCUGGGCUUAUAAUAUAUGUACUUUUAUUUUUUGGUGGUGAAAUGGACUGACGAUUUUUCCCUUUCUUCGCUGGACUGUUGUGCCAACUGCCAGGCUGCCUCCUGCCCUUAUAGCCCUAAGUGGCCACCUUCUUUCUACCAACUCCUACCUUCUUCCAGUGAAGCUUAAUUGUCCCUCCUCCCCCCUCCAGAUCCCCUCCAGUUGCUCCCAAGAAGCCUGACUCGGUUAUAUGCAUAUCUUGAGAAACUGCUGCAAAUUAGCUCUUUUUGCCAGUUCUCCCUGGAACUCUUGGCCUUGUGUGGAGGGAGGGGGAGAGUGGGAAUCCUCACUGGAAGCCGUGGGAAGAAUUGGAAGUUACAUGCUGUCUAUGCAGUGUCCAGCACUCUGAUAAACUGAUGAUUCUUAAUCAAGAUUUUUUUUUCUUGGUGGGGAAGGGACUUUUAUUUUUUUGGAGAAUCGGAAGUGUGAGCUCUUCCCGUAUUCCUGAUGACUAUUUUUGAAUCAAAGAAGGCUGGCAACAUUGGCACAUUCCACCUGGCAAGGGCCCUUGAGUAAGUGAAGGUCUCCUAGAACUGAGAUUAAGAAACCUUGGUCUCAUCUCCAGGCCAGGGACCACUGUGGACCUACAGACUCCAUCUCUUCUCCAAGCCUCAUGCCAACCCUCAGCUGCUGCCACUGCCCUUUACUAAGGCUGUCCUUAAUCUUCCUCUCCCAUCCUGUGAAAUGUCUGCUGACUUGGCCUGGCCAUUUGCAAGAGGCUGUAGAAAGAGGAGAAUGUGUCAAGGAAGACUUUUUGGGUGAGAAGGAUCAAAAAGAUGUCUUCUGGGGAGGAGAAGAACCUCUAGCAGGAGCUAGUAGGAAUGUACAUGAAUCAGUUAGUCUGAAACUGGCAGGAAGCUUUGAAGCUGGCUUCCCCCCUGCCCUUCUUUCUCCUUUCCUUACCCUUCUAGCUCUGUCCUCCCCUGCCUUUUCCCUGGAUUGGUUGGCUGACAAAAGGACUUGAUGUACAUACUCCUGCCCCCUUUACCCUUAAAAGGUGGGGGAUCGCCCCUGGAUUUGCCUCUUCUUUGUGCCUUUGGCCUGGGGUGCAUCUCCUCCUUCCCUUCCAUGUGCCUUUCUUUGCCUCUGCAGUCUCAUUUUCAUGAUUUUGCAAAUUAUAUUUUGUUGCUUUCUUACCCACUAUUGGCCCUAACUAGCAGAAAGGAGGGAUGACCUAGAGAACCUCAGAUUCUCCAUUGGGAAUUGGUAGAACCUCUGAUUUCAGCCAUUCAGCUUUGCUCAAUAGUAUAUGGCUGGGGUUUUGCAAACAUCCUGUUCUGAUGAAUCUCAAAAUGUGGGAGGAGUGAGUGGUGCGACUCUUACUCCUUAGUUGCCCAGAAUUUAUCGUCAUCUCCCAAGGGGCCGGAGGGAAGUCGCAUCUGUGCCCUCCCUGCCCCACCCCACCCCCAGCAUCUCCUCCUUUCUGUUUAGUGUUUAUUAGUGGGUUGGGCUAGAGGAAUCAGCUGCUAUGCUGGUUGAUUUUUUUUAACCCUUUUCCUUAUUUGCCUUUUACUCCUCCCCUUAAUCUAAAAGCUCUGUUCAAUGCAACUGGAAAUCUUUAUCCUUCUCUCUCCCCCUUCCCUUAUAUAUUGAGGCUAUGGGGUAGGAGACAAGUGCACAACCCACCACCCCCCUUCCCUUUCCCCUAUGCAUUAAAAUCCCUUAUUUACCGCCCCCCUCCCCCCCCCCCCCCAUUUCUUCCCACUCCUUUUCUGGCAAAAAGGAGCCUUUUCCUCUCUGUGACCCUAAGAACAUACUGCACAGGGGAAAUUGCCCCCAUCUGGACCUGGCUCCACUCUUGGUUUCUCUUGUCCUCUUCUGCUCUUUUCCUGGUGCUCUUUUUCUCGGUGGGGUGUGGGUAAUAGAACAGCCAUGGGCUUUUGGGGACCUUUAACUAUUUUUUUUUCUUUUUUGUUUAUAAAAACACUAAACAUUCAAUUCCAGAGAACCAAAAAUCCCACCUCCCCACCGAACAGUACUAAGGGGCGUGUCUUCUGCUCCAUACCUUUUCUGUUUUCCUUUCUCUCUUGUUAAUGCUUUUAAAAACAAAUGAGUUUUUUAUAUAAAUAAAGUUUUUAAAGUGUGUA